UCAAAGGGGAAAGGCAGCCUUGUUGAACUUGAAGGUUGUUUUGUGAUGUGUUUGACAAACACAUGGAGUUAGGAGUUCAUUAAAGAAGAAAAAAUACAUGAAAAAGGAGAACAGCCGAUCAAAUACUACGUAUUGCAAUUAAAAACAACAAAAUCCUGGAUAAAUAUAUACUAUUAUCAUGGCGUUACUACACCAGUGUCAUGCCAACGUGAUCGGGUUUUGGGCGAUAUUUCAGUUAGUGGUGGCUUUAGGUGUGGUAGCCGAUGGCUAUUUUAUGAAGCAAUACUACGAAGGUAUCAGCUGGCUGUACGUCCCCUACUGGUCAGUGGCGUUGAUUGUAUUUCCCUUUGGCAUUGGGAUAUUAGCUUGUGUUACAGGGAAGAGACUUGCGGCAUAUGUCUUCUCGGUAUUUAACUUACUGUGUUUUCUGGCCAACGUUGCGUACUUGGUUUUGCUAUGGGUCCAACUUGGGCGCUUUCAAACCAUGGAACGCCAGUUUAAUGAUUGCCUCCAAACAGCACGGGCAAGGCGAGAAUGUAUUUGCAGAAAUAGCGGACAACCUGACCUGUCCAGUGAGACCGGCUGCUCGGACGUCGACCUAUUUCUGCUAACAGUCUACGUUGCUUUUGGGUUAGAGUUAUUCUACGUUGCAGUGACGUUUACGGGGACCAUGCUGAGUGCGGCGUUUGGCACGAAAAACUGUUGCUAUCGGGAAACUUGCUGCUUUUGCUUGAGUAGAAAAGUUGCGUAUGACCUGGAAAACAAUCGAGCAGACCUUUCCAGUCUCGAGUCUAUCACGGACAUUUCCGUCGUCGAGAUGGGUCCUGACGCCUCGCACGAGAUGGCAGAGAAAAAGGGGCCACGUGCACGUGAAAACACACUAGAGACUUUGUUCUAUUGAGUUCGUCGACAUCGCUCUGGUGAACCAUCAGUUGAAGCUGCAGCGGUAAAAAUCACUGAGGAGGCUGCAUCGUCGUCACAGUUGCAGACUUCAUUCACUCACAGACAUUUUAGGCCUAGAAAUAGAUACAAAAAUGUGUAUAUUAAGUCGAGAGUAUCAGUAGAAGCUCCUCUGGUAACAGUUCUGUUGCCUAAUCUUAUGGAGAUGAAACUUUGACCACAAAUGUCUACUUCGGAUAUUGGGAGGGGGGUCUGUGGAGGUUAAAUGGUUAAUAAACUUAUAAUUCGUCUGGUUUUAAUGAUUGACUU